UCAAGAAUCCGACAUGUUUUGUUUUGACAGCUAUAUUCAAGACUUUUUUUUGGUUACGUUAUUUCUCAUCCAUUAAACGCAAAUUGUUUAGUUUUAAUUUUCACAAUAAAAAAUGAUUUCACUCACUUGUGCCUUAAGGGCAACAAAUAAUUUUUCUCGCAUAUUCACAAACUCCAUCAGACCGGGUGGUGUUAUCCAGUGUCAACCUGCAGCUGGAUUAAAAAACCUCGAGGAAAAAGUUGGACUCCCACCAAAACCCAAAAAACCACUCACACCAUUCUUUAGAUAUAUCAAACAAGUUCGACCGACUAUUCUAGCUGAGAAUCCGCACUUUAAAGCCACCGAUGUUAUCAAAACAAUUUCUAAGCAAUGGGAAACAGUUGAUCCUGCCCUUAAGCUGAAAUUCCAAGAGGAAUAUCAAAGAGAAAAGACAAUUUAUGUUGAAACUCGGGCAAAGUAUGAUAGCCAAAUAACUGACGAACAACGCUAUGAAAUGAAGCAAUUGAAAGAUGAAAGUAAUAUCGCCAAGGAACGGCGUAUGACAAAAAAGCGAAUUGCUCAAUUAGAACGCCCCAAGAAGCCUGCAUCUGCCUUCCUCUUGUUUGUUUCCAAGGAGCGACAAGAAACACCUCAAGGUCCCAAUCAAACAUAUAGACAAUGGCACGCUACCAUAACUCAGAAGUGGGCAAAGCUAAGUGAUUCAGAAAAAGAACCUUUCCUUCAGAUGUUUCGAGACAAAUUGGUCAAGUACAAAGAGGAUAUUGCUGUAUGGGAAGAGAAAAUGGUUAGCCUUGGCAACAUGGAUGUUGUUCGACCAGAAAUUCUAGUUGAUCCACCAACUCCAAGAUCUAAGUCGAGAAAAUAAUUUUGUAUUUUCAUUUUUCAACGUUGAUUCGUUAUUCCUCGACAAAAGGAAUUAUUUUCAUUUUUAACAUAUUUUUGAUUUCUUGAAUAAUUAUAAGUUCUUUUGUUUGUUUUUUUUUUUAAUUAUAUAAAAACAUCAAUAAAUAAGCUGACUGAAUUCACAAAAACAUUUUUGUUUGAUUUUGUGUCUGCACUUAGCUUUUUUUUUAAAGGCUCCGAAAAGUCU